AUGAGUGGCAUUUCCAACCAAGGCCUGAUCGACUUCCCCGCAGGCGCGACGUCGAAGUCUGGCCCGAACCACCCCACCCCGCGGCCUGGAUCCUCAAGAGGAAAGCGCAAAGGUCGCCCUCGUGGUGCCAGGACCCUGGCCCUGGCAUGCAGUCAGGCGCAGCAAGAAGCAGGCGAAUUGUUCCAGACAGCAUUUGACGAUACGGUCGGCGCUUGCUUCCACUCUGGCUUCCAGUCAAUCGACAAUGUUGCGGUGUCGACAGACGGCCCUCCACCCAGAGACUUGACCACAGAGCCUCAGGAGCUUACACUGUUCUAUCAUGACAUGGAAAUCCACUUGAACGACAUUUGUUUCUUGUCUGACGACUCGUUCUUGUUUGAUGAAGAAACGGCUGAAGACUUCCGAAUGAUGUACGUCUCUGGGGAGACUGCUGAACCUUCUGUCGAGACAACAAACAUUAUAGAGGGCAUCGUGCGUGAGCAGGUUGUCGAGCUACUCAAACAAUGCACCGACCAGGCGGCCCGUCGUGGAUCUCGGUCCAUCAAUAUAAACGACUUGAUUUUCCAGAUCCGCCACGACACCGCAAAAGUCUCUCGUCUCCGCACCUUCCUCUCGUGGAAAGACGUUCGCAAGAACGUCAAGGACUCUGAUGACAAGGGAGGAGACGCCGACCUCGGCGCCGGCGAAGAUCCCGUCGGCGGUGUUGCAGCCGGGGGUCCGGUGGAUGAUGCCGCAAAAAAGAACAAGAAGGCCAAGGUCGGACUUCCCUGGGAGCCGUCAUCGUUCUACCCCGUCGACGUACCCGAGCGCGACGACGAGGAAGACGAGGAAGAGGAAGAGAUGAACUUUAUCACUCUGCAGCGCCUGCGCAAGGCUGAUGAACGCACGAAAGCCAUGACAAAGGAAGAAUACGUCACAUGGUCCGAGUAUCGACAGGCGUCGUUCACAUACCGCAAGGGCAAGCGGUUUCGCGAGUGGGCCGGCUUCGGCAUCGUGACGGAUAGCAAGCCGUCGGACGAUAUUGUUGACAUUCUCGGCUUUCUGACGUUUGAGAUGGUGCAGACGCUCACGGAGGGAGCGCUCAAGGUCAAGGAGCAGGAGGAUCUCGUCAAGGCGCAGAGCGGCGGUGGCGGCGGAGUCGACGGCGAGGGCGCAUCGAAGAAGCGCAAGGCGCAGCAGGGUCUUUUUGAUCCGCCCAGUGAGGGAAAGACGCCCAUUGAGCCGCGACACGUCCAGGAGGCGUUCCGACGGCUUCAGCAGCGGCCCAAGAAGAUCAGGGCCAUGCUCAACGGCUCAAGGCUGCCGAUACACACCAAUCUCAAUAUUAUCUGA